CUGAGUUGCAGUACAGCCCAAGAACCUAUGCAGCACUCAGACAAAAGAUCAUUCACAGAGCCUGAACUUACUUUCAGUGUGGACAUUAUUUAAACACAGCUGAUCGUGGGUUUGGCCUCAGAAUCUGUCUGAACUUCACUCCAGCAACAGAUUUUCUUUCUAUUUGCAAGAUCAGCAGGACACAGAGACCUCCACCAUGUCCACUGCAGACCAGCUGCUGGAGCAAAUGUUCUCCUGGAUCGAGCAGAGGGAGCAGUGUGCAAGGAAGCUGAAGAAGCUGGCCCAGGAGCUUGAGUCACUCAGAGAGAAUUGGAACGCCAGUAAAGCUGUCGGCAGGUCAGUGGCAGUGGUUGGAGCUGUAUGUUUCCUUGGAGCCGGUGUGGCCACUCUGUGCACCGGCGGUGCAGCUGCUCCAUUGUUAGGUUUAGCGGGAGGAGUGUUUUCAGGCCUCGGCAUAUCUGUGAUAACUAAAAUCACUAAACACCUCUCGUCAAGCGACACCAUGAAAGACGCAAAGAAGAUAGAAAGCAAGAGCAAUGAAAUUACCACAAAAAUCCAGAAACUCUUCCAGAAGCUGAAGGAAGAGAGGCAGCAGGCGGGAUCCUUUACAGGCCCUGAUGAUCUGGACCGUCAUGUUAUGACUGAAAUCUUGGGAGCCAUGGCCAGACGAAGUGGAAUGCAUCCUCACUUCAUUAUGCAAAUGCUCCAACGGCCCAAGUUAUUUUUUAAUGGAGGACCAGGCAGCAUAGGGCUCAACCAGAGAGCCUUUAACCCUGAACUGAUGGUCGUAUUUGCUGGUAUUUUAUCAUUUUUCACACUGACAGCUGUCUCUAAGACUGGACUUAAAACAGUCCUUAAAGGAGGUGCCAUGGCUGUUGGGGGAGCGAUUGGAAUCGCGUUUGAACUUCCUGAGGCAAUCAACCAAUGGAAAGACCUGAUUGAGAAGAAUCAUGUGACUGAAGCGAGCCAAUCACUGAGAGAUACAGCUAACGACCUUAAAAAGAUCAGCCGCACUCUGAGGAAGCAGCUGGAUAAGAUCAAAAAAAUGUUUAAGGAGUUUGAAGUACAGAAGAGCUGCAUUGAAAACAGCAACAGGAGUCCUCAGGACAAGAAAGACUUCAUCAAAGCAACUGUCCACCUCGCAGCAUGUCUGGGUAGAUCCUCACAAACACUGUCUGGGCAGGGCGAGUACCUCAACCAGCAGUAUUCAUACACUAUCGACGGCACAUACAUGUCAUCCAAAGAAAACAUGUCAAAUGCAGAUUCUGAACUGUACAGAGCCUUGCAGGCUUGGUUUGAUCAGUAG